AUGGAGGCAUCAAAGGGUAUGAGUAUCGAAGAGUCGAAAGAGUCCGAAGAUUUAAGCAUCCAUGAAGAGAUUCAGUAUAGCAAAGAACCAGCUACGAGCAACGUGCAGACCAAUCAAGGUCGUCGCACAUUGCGUAUCUCGGUGAGAGAUAUUUUCCAAAACAUAUCCGGGAUCGAGAAUGACGGAACUGAUCAAAGCCCGCCUCCUGUUGUCUCGAGAUUUCAACGACUCAAAGCCCAAAGUAUCGACUUCAACAAGGGUUUCGAGAAAGGAGAUCUCAAAUACGCCCCCAGUCGUCGGAACCCAUAUUAUAUGGCUAUACAUAAAGAUAAAAUGAGCGAGAUGCUCCAUCAGGAACGAAUGGCCGAAUGGGCCACAGAGACAAAGUAUGAAGGCAGGCCUUCUCCAGACACAGCUAUACAGUCGUUUUUCAACGUUUCAUUGAAGCUCUUUCAUGAUAUGGCCACUGAUAAUGUUAAUUGGUUAUCAUUGAGCCGCCUCAUCGACCCGCAGAUUACCGGACCAAAUACAAGUGACAAGGAGGAGGCAGACACGCUCAAAGAAAUGGCGUUCGAUGGGCUAUUGGAUGACCCUGAGAAUGACCCUCUGCUGGGUCAAGAUUUCGAGGAAAUGGAGAAUCACGAUGUUUCCAUUGUUGUAGAAUCCGAUCCGCUAAUAUGGGGGGAAGAUGCACUUCCGCUACCAAAAGCAAGUGAUGCAAUGAACGUUGUCACUGACGCAACGUGGGCAAGAGAGCAGAAGAAGAUCCGUCUUGAAAUCGAAAACGAAAGGCCCAGACGCAUCUAUGUCCCAAUACGACAUCAGAUGGGGUGGCUGAUGUGGGUUCCUAUGGGGACUUGGGAUAUGACUGAAGAAGGAAGGAAAAUACAACUGAAAGAAAUAAAGAAAGGCUUCGCAAAUGUAUGGAUGGCAGCCACAGCUAUUGACCCUGAGUCUGCUGGUGGAUACCGUGCUCGAUACUCGUCGGCCAACCUCGGUUUUCCUUUAGUUGUGGUUCCGAAGCCAGAAACUCUUCGUCGUCAACUGAAAUGGCCAACGGCCCAAGUGAAUCACCUCUUCCAAGGCCUUGUUGACGUUGUCAACAUCGAAAAGGCUCAGCAGAACACAAGAUUGGAAGCCAUGAACAAGGACGAUGUGAAUGGUGACGACUGGGUCAAGAUGGGAGAGAAUCCAUUUGGUCUGUUCGAUACUUACGUUUCACUUGUCGACUUCAACGCCUACAUGAAAAGCCUUGAAGUCCUAAGAGGCCACGACGAUCUGAAUUUGGUACGAAAAAACGCACACCGUGAGAGUAAGACCAAGCCAGCCGAGAUCACAAAGCUCAAUAAAUUCUUCACCAACAACUAUCACCCAAUGGCUGACACGAAGUGUAAGAAGAUCUACACCAAUGAGCAAACUGAAGUUAUAACGGAAAUGACAAAUUGGGAAAUCAGAACAAAGACAAAAGGCCCCAAUCAAAUUCUUUAUCUGAUGGGAGAGGACUUUGAGUCCAUUUGGCGCAUCGACGUCAGCAGUGACAAGAUCAUCAAUGCACGGGGCAAACGCGACCCAAAGUACGCACCAGCCAUGAUAAUGGGUAUGCCAGCCAAUGAAACUGCCCAAUAUGCCCUUGGGUGGGAGCCAUUGGACAAGGCAUCCGAGUAUUUGGGUUACGAACACAGAAUGUCUAGUGGAUUCUUUAUGGCUGAAUGGCUUCACCUCUGCGCUUUCUCAUGGGGAGGCCUUUCGACUCGUUCGAACAAAGCAAGGGUGUAUCGAUCUAGCGAUAUCCCUGGAAAUCUGGUUCUUGGAACAUCCGAGACAAACUCUGUCAUGACGAGGUUCGAAAAGGCAUGGCAAACGCUGGUUUUAGACAGUCCGGACCUAGACUCAAAAGCGUCCUGUCCCAAACUUAUGGUUACUCGUAACAGCAGUAACAAGAUGGUAGUGCGCGACGUGAAAAACGACUUCACAGGCAAUUAUAGCCGUACGGAAUCUGAAAUCUCACAGGCCGAGAAAGGCAUAGCAACGGCGUACCACUUCCUCGCGUACACUAUCUCCUAUUCGCUAAACUUUCCGAUGGGCUGCAAGUUACUAAACGAAGGGCCGAUGUCAAGUCUCAACACCACGUUCUACCCAUUUCUAAGACCACUAUAUCAUAAGCUCGAAGACGCACUUGACAAGGCGCUGUAUGUGGAGAUCAAGAAGAGGUAUAGUCAGGAAGUUGAGCAGGCUCAUAGCAUAUCAGUGAACCGUGCUCCAAGUCUCGAUCCCUAUAAUCAAGAUAGCAGUACCGUGUAUAAAGGUCACGUACCUUAUGGGGUCUCAACGGUAUCGCAACAGGGUGUAUUAUUUCCACCGCGAGUUGAUUACUAUACUCGACUCGAUUAUGGAAUCAACCCACACAAUCGCAACGAUGCCUUGGACGAAGAUGCCUUGGAUGAAGAUGCCUUGGGCAACGAAGAUGAAAGGAUAACUAAGAAGAGAUUUACUAAUUAG